CCCCAUUUAAAAACGAGGCUCUUAACCUAUUCCAUUCCCCAUUCCUUAUCCUCGUACACCCAACCCUCUUGCCCUUUCUUCGGACCUACUUCAACCAUAUCAACCUCAUUAACAUUUCCCUCAUAUAGGCUGCUCUUAUUUUUCACCUUGCUAUUCUCUUCUUUCUGUGGUUUUUUUUGCGUUUGUCUGCACAGGUGUAUUCACAAAGAAACAGCAAAACUGCUAUUCCAUAUUUGCAAUCAACCUUGUUCUUUAUUACUCUACCCACUACCAACAAUUUGUUGAUUAGCAAGCGAGAAUAACCACCAUAAUAACCCCAGACACCUCCCCUCUCACCUGAACAAAACCAUCAUCGAAGUGGCAUUCAAAGGAUGGACAUUAUCAAAGCUAGUCGUAAGCCUACGGCAAUAGAUCAUUUUCGAACUAUGGUCGCACAUAAUUUCAAAGUAACUCUCCGCGACCCAACUGUCUUCAUCUUUGGUGCAGUAAUACCUUUUAUUAUGAUUGGGAUAGCUAUUGGCAUCUCCCUCGGAAUCCAAAGUAACAUCCCAAAAAUUACAGCAGGUUCUGUCGAUACUCGAACGUUCAAUGCACUUGAAACUGGAAUUCAAGGCCGAUCAUCAUAUGUGAAUGUACCAGUUGUCUAUUUCCCGGUUAUCAAAAGCGUCCCCAUUCUCAACAACUUGACAGAUUCUAUCACUAGGAAUCUGGGCAGAGUUUACAGCCAAUUUAAUCCGAUCUUCGUAGACUAUGCAUCUAUGGAUGAAGUGGCUGCGUAUGAGCACCAGAAUGCAAAGGACAUGCUCAAGAACAGAACACUAAAGGAUUUUGCACCUCAGCUUGGAUUUGAGCUUAAUGCUUUGGGCCCUUCAAGUAGUAAUGAAGGUUCACUCGAUCUUGGAUUUACACUUGCAACUAAAGUGAAUGAUUCGAUACCAUUUCUGCUGAGUACUUUGAAUGUUAUGACUCAGAACAUUGAUUCCAGUAGCAUCAGCAAUGGUACGACCAUAGGACAUGGUUUAGAGUUCUUACCCACCCUCAAGACAUUCGGAGCUCAAGGCGAUGAGAAUGUUGACAUUCCUAGUUUUAUUGUGCCUGCAUUCAUGACUUUUGCGUUUUCGUUUUUCUCAACAUUUGUCGCGUCUAAUCUCGUUGCCGAAAAGGAAAAUGGUCAAAAGUCUCAUCUACAGAACAUGGGUAUCAAGCCGGCAACCUAUUAUCUUGCACGUUUCGUCAUCGAUUGGAUCUGCUAUCUUGUUCCUGUCGUUGCCUGCUUCGUACUCAUGGGUGCAACACGCCUCCAGAUGAUUACUUCUGGCUCUUGGGUGCCUUACUUUCUCCUGCUUCUUGUUUCGGGACUACCUUUCAUCACUUUUGGCUACCUACUCUCGCUUUUUUUUCAAAAGUCUCAGUCGGUGGGUCAGGUCCUAGGCGUGGGUCUCAGUUUGAUUGUUUUUGUACCAUAUUUCUUUGUCCAGUUCGUCUUCGAAGGCGCUUCACUCCUAGCUAUCAUUCUUAUUGGCUUAAUAUCACCUGCUUUUGCGUUAGAGCGCUCCAUCUCUGCUAUAGCUCUAGCGCAGACUUCGGGCUCACCUUACUCUGUCAAGGAUACGUUCGAUAUUAACAAGGCACCAUUUUGUAGUAUGAUCCUCUUUGUCUUCCAGUCAAUUGUCUAUUUAAUACUCGUUUUCUGGAUUGAGAACCUUAUCCAAACUCGCCGUUCGCCCAUCGACUUUUUCUUGCACAAAAAAACUAAUAAUUAUGUCGACAACAAGGCUACCAAGGAUAAAGAUGUCUCUCGGGAUAUGCAGCGGCGAGAUACAGCAAUAUUGGUGGACGGCAAGUUUCGCGAACGCGAUGCCGAAGUAAUCGAGGAAACGUUACGUCUCAAGGGAAAAAGAGGCUCUCCUGACGAAAAUGAUGCCGUCCGACUUUUUGGGCUCUCGAAAUCUUACCAUCUCAAGAGCAAGAAACGCGACGCUACGAUUCUCGACAACAUUUAUCUUUCUUUCAAGAAGAAUGAGUGCUUUGGAUACUUGGGCCCAAAUGGCGCGGGAAAGACUACAACCAUCAAGAUACUGACAGGAGCUGAAGACCCUACCUCGGGAAAUGGCACUAUUCAGGGGCUAUCUAUUGCGCCUUACCAUGAAGAUUUGCGCUCCAUGAUCGGUAUAUGCCCUCAAUUCGAUGUUCUUUGGCCUAAGUUGACUUGUCGUGAUCACUUAGAGCUCUUUGCCAAAAUCAAAGGCGUUGCACCUGAGGACAUGAAUGCUGCAGUAGCUCAGAUGAUCGAUGAGAUGGGACUUGUAGGACUAGGUGAUAAACGAGCAAAGACAUUCUCUGGAGGAAAUAAGCGGCGGCUGAGCUUGGCUAUGGCAAUCAUAGGAUGUCCUAAAGUCGUUUUUUUGGAUGAACCAACGACUGGCGUGGAUGUCUCGAUCCGCCAGAUGAUUUGGAAUUCUAUUCGCAAGCUGAAGCGUACGUCCUGUGUCAUCCUGACGACUCAUUCGAUGGAGGAGGCUGAUGCUCUUUGUGAUCGCAUAGGCAUUAUUACCAAUGGGCACAUCCAGGCCCUAGGGACUUCUCAGCGACUCAAGAAUACUUAUGGCGCGGGUUAUAAAGUCAUUGUCAAAUCACACAACCAUGCCGAUGCAGUGACUACGGCAUUGGAAGAGAGUGUCGGGGCUGGAAGAGUAACGCUUGUUCAGGCUCUUGGCGCGAGUUUGGAGUAUGAGAUCACACGCGUCGAAAGCGAGCGCACAACAGAGAUGUUGGCCAAACUAUUCAGAUUGUUUGAACAAAAGAGACGGGAAUUGGGUAUUGAUGACUAUUCUGUGAGUCAGACCACUCUUGGGCAAGUAUUUAUUGAGUUUGCGAAGGAGCAAGCGGCGCCUGGAGACAGCAAAUAGAUGUCUGAAAGAAUCCUAGAGAAAACUAUCUCAUAUACACAAAUCCUACAUAUUAAAUUGAUAGCUUCCCCUUGAUUUGAGUCUUGGUCUCAAUUAAAAAAAAUUACUUUUUAUUUAACGAAGAUUCCGGAUCAUAAUAAACACA